AUGUCUGCUAUUGGAGCUGGUGGAGGUCCUGUAUAUAUGGAUCCAUCUGUAAAUUUGUCUGCACCGGUUCCUCAGCUGAUAGACACAUCAUCUGCUACUCCAACGCCGUCAGCCACAGUAUCAAUUUACACGAAAACAAUUGGGAUUGCUGGGGACUUUACUGUCGCGUCACCAAUCGCGGUUCUUGGAUCGAAUUUGUGGGGAUUCUUGGCGUUCUCCCUGUCCAAAAGUCUGAAGUCAUGUAUAGAACGAAAAUCUGAUUCCUCUGAUACAAUAAAUUAA